AUGCUACUCGGCACCCAACGGCGCGGCUCGCCCCAUGCUGCGCGUGGGCGGUGUCGCCUUAGCGGAGGGCCGCCCACCGCUACUUUUGGGAUUUUUUAUCCACCCAUUGCGUGGGGGUGGCUUCCAGGCGUGGAAACUAUCACCGCUGCAACGGCACGGCUGGGGAAGACGCAAGCGAUGCCUACGACAAGGUGGAAGCGUAAAUGCGAGACGCUUUGCUUCCUGCAAAGGGCCUUCGUUGAGUUCAAACCCCUGUGCGAGGCAGCGGCGCCGUCGAAUUUGACGUGGCUAGAAGGGUUCCAAAUUUUCACCGCCAGCGCCAUUGCAGGCACUUCAGUUGGAAUUC